AUGUCAGAACAGAUCAUGGUUGCGCAACAAGUACGGUAAGUGAAAUUGGUGUGGAUUUGACCAAGAAUGAGUUGAAUUCAUUCCAGUCAAAGCAAUUAGAGAAACGCAGUAAAAGCAAUUAGAGAUAUCGUAGAAUAUCCAUUAGUCCUCGGGGAUAUCGCUACUGCCUCGUAAGGAUUGACCAUUUUACGAAAUGGUUGGAAGUGUUCCGCCUAAGGAAUCAGAAAGCAGAAACUGUGGCAAAUAAGGUGCUUGAUGGGUGGAUUCCAAGACAUGGCGACCCCAAGCAACUUCACCAUGAUCAAGGAAAGAACCUAUCAGCAAAAAUGAUCGAAGAAGUCUGUAACUUCCUGGAAGUUUGGAAUACGCGCACUACACCAUUCCAUCCCCAAUCAGAUGGCGCUUCGGGGAGAAGUAUCCGCACGGUGAACAACAUGUUAGCAAAAGUAGUUGCAGAUGACCAAAGAAACUGGGACUUACAUGUAUCUUCGUCAUGUUUUGCGUACAACACUGCGGUACAUAGCAGCACCGGAUUGACGCCAAGUUAUUUAGGGUUUUGGAGGGAGCUUCGGUUGCCGAACGACGGUGUGGAGCCAGGUGAAAAUGAGAGACGUGUCGAAUCACACACGGAGUAUGCUCAACAGCUAAAGAACAGACUAUCAAAAGCGUUUCAAACCAUUCACUCUGCACACAAAACACAGAAACAUUUCUAUGAUCGAUGGGCAAGGGCCAACGUUUACAAGGCAGGAGAUCGAGUGUUGUGGCUUGAUAGGAAAACCGGACGAGGAAGGUGCAUGAAGUUAAACAGACCUUGGAGAGGACCGUGGAGGAUAAUCAGACGACUGGGAGAAGUUGUGUACUGGAUAAAGUACGAAGGAAAUGAGAAAGUUAGCGUCAAGAGACGAGUUGUCCACCACAAUCAAUUGAAAAGGUUUCAUGACGUCCGAGAACCUGACACGGCGGAUAAUAACAGCGUGGAUCCAGAGGAAGAGCGACUCGCCAGGAACUGGUGA